AUGGUAUUUGCCCGCUCUAUCCCCCGUACAUUUCAGCGUCCUGCUGCAUCGCUCUUUGCUCGCCAAUGGCGGGCUCCUGUCCUGCAGCGGACGCCUGUUUUUUCUGGAGUGCGUACACUAACAGCAAGUGCCACCCGACAGGGUAAAGUGUUGAUGGUCCUUUAUGAUGGCGGCGAGCAUGCCAAACAGCAGCCCGGCCUCCUCGGUACCACUGAGAACGAGCUCGGUAUCCGCAAGUGGCUCGAAGACCAGGGKCACACUCUGGUAACCACCUCCGACAAGGAGGGUCCUGACUCCGUCUUCGAGAAGGAGUUGGUUGACGCUGAAGUUAUCAUCACCACUCCCUUCCAUCCUGGAUACCUCACCGCAGAGCGCCUUGCCAAGGCCAAGAACCUGAAGCUCGCUGUGACUGCCGGUAUUGGUUCCGACCAUGUCGAUCUUGACGCUGCCAACAAGACCAACGGCGGUGUUACCGUAGCUGAGGUCACUGGUUCUAACGUCGUCUCCGUCGCUGAGCACGUCGUCAUGACCAUCCUCACUCUUGUGCGCAACUUUGUCCCUGCACACGACCAGAUCCGCAACGGUGACUGGAACGUCGCUGCUGUUGCCAAGAACGAAUAUGACCUGGAGAACAAGGUCGUCGGAACCGUUGCUGUUGGCCGUAUCGGUGAACGUGUCUUGCGCCGCCUCAAGCCCUUCGACUGCAAGGAGCUUUUGUACUAUGACUACCAGCCCCUGAGGCCCGAGGUUGAGAAGGAGAUUGGAUGUCGUCGCGUUGACUCUCUUGAAGAGAUGCUCGCUCAGUGCGAUGUUGUCACCAUCAACUGCCCUCUUCACGAGAAGACCAAGGGUCUCUUCAACAAGGAGUUGAUCUCCAAGAUGAAGAAGGGCUCAUGGCUUGUCAACACCGCUCGUGGUGCCAUUGUUGUCAAGGAAGAUGUUGCCGAGGCCGUCAAGAGCGGUCACUUGCGUGGAUACGGUGGUGACGUGUGGUUCCCUCAGCCCGCUCCCAAGGACCACCCUCUCCGUUACGUUGAAGGACCCUGGGGUGGCGGUAAUGCCAUGGUUCCUCACAUGUCUGGUACUUCCAUCGAUGCUCAGAUCCGUUAUGCCCAGGGCACCAAGAACAUUCUCGACAGCUACUUCUCUGGACGUCACGACUACCGUCCUGAGGAUUUGAUUGUCCACAAGGGUGAUUACGCUACCAAGGCUUAUGGUCAGCCAGGAGACUCUGAAGACUUCCAAGAGGUUGCCCAGAAAUUGAUCGACAGUGAGGUUUUUGGAGGUCUUCUUACUCGACUCGCCAAAACCGCAAUUCAAGCAGUGCCACAAUAUCUCCCUACGGUGUGGUGA